UGUUUGGAAUGUUGUCAUGUCGAAACAGCGUCCCCCGAAACGGCGUGUCAACCCAUGUUGCUCUGUUCCUUUCGAUAUUGCCACACUUUUUGGUAUUUCAUUGCAGAGUAAUCAAAGAAGUAGAGCAGAAUUCGGAAAAAGGUUCUAGGAGGAAGACUUUGUUUGGCUGAACAAGUCAGUUCUUCUGUGAGAACUGCAUACAACUAUGGCUGCAGCUUCCACUUCAAGCCCUCCAGCCCCAGACUCAGCAAGUCUGCCAUCUCAGUCCUCCAUGACCAAUGGGUCAAAUUACAGUCACAGCAAUUCACAAAAUACCAGCAAACGUGACAAUCCGUAUGAUCCAGAAGAACCUGAUAUUGUUGCUGUUGAAAAUGUUGACAGUUUGAAAAUGUCAAGAGGAGUGAGACCGGAGGCAGAAAUAAACUGGGAGAUGCUGAAUGAACAGUUUGUGUUUGAUGAAAUGGGGAACAAGAUUAGAUUCACAGAUAUCUUCAAAAAGCAAAAGACAAUUGUGCUGUUUGUGAGGCACUUCUUAGACUUCAUUGCAAAAGAAUAUGUUGAAGAUGUGGCCAUCAUUCCUCUGGAGUAUCUUCAGAAUGCAGAUGUGCGACUGGUUGUGAUAGGACCUGCCCCUCAUAACUACAUUAAGGCCUUCAAGGAACUGACAAAACUUCAGUAUACGUUAUAUGUAGACCCUGAACGUCUUGUGUACAAGGCUAUGGGCUGUAAGGAGACGAUAGCACCUGGAGGUCUGGCAAACAGCAAGCACAUCAAGUCAGGCUUUGUCUCAGGUGUGGCUUCUAGUGUGUGGAGAGCUAUGACAUCCCCUGUGAAGGAGUUUCAGGGUGACCCAAAGCAGCAAGGAGCUGCUUUCAUCAUUGGCCCAGGAAACGAAGUUCACUUCAGCCACAUUGACCAGGAGUCGGCCGACCACUGUCCCCUCAAUGACAUCUUGGCACAAGCAGGAGUGAUGAACGUCAGUUUUCCCAGGGACCCGCGCGUGCAGAUCAUGUGAUUUCUGUGUCGUUUCAAACUGAUGCUCCCCUAUAGCCCUUCACAUGAACCAGGACAGCUGCAUUCUGAAAUCUAUGGAGAAAAACUCUUGUGAACCCAACACUAGGAGCAGGCUUUAUGUUGUUGGGUUGUUGUUUUUACAUAAAUAACUAUAUUAUCGGGGAGACUGGGCCAUUCUUUUUUAGAACAAAUUUUGCAUUUAAAACUUCCUUUCUCUGAAAA